AGCGUAUGGAUUACGUGGCUUCGAUACUGCCGACACCCACACAAACACUGCGUUAAAUCAAAGUUUUCCCAAUUAUUAUUCUUCCUCAUUCCAAUUCCAAACCAACUCAUUCUUCUUCCUUUCCAUCGCUUCCCGAGACUCCUCCGAUUUCGAUCACAAAUGGCUACCAAACUCGGAGGCAUCUCCGACUCCCCCGGUUCUCAAAACUCAGCCGAAAUUGAAUCCCUUGCUCGAUUCGCCGUCAAUCAACACAACACCAAACAGAAUUCUCUUCUGGAGUUUACAAGGGUGGUGAAAGCACGGGAACAGGUUGUUUCUGGUAAACUGCACCACCUUACAAUUGAGGCUGUUGAUGGGGGUGAGAAAAAGAUCUAUGAAGCCCAAGUAUGGGUUAAACCAUGGCUCAACUUUAAAGAACUUCAAGACUUCAAGCAUGCUGGUGGUGAUUAGAAGAUGCAUGUCCGUUUCUGUAAGGAAUUGUAUACCCUUACUGUAAUAGUCAUAACCGGAGUAUUAUGAUACUUUACUACUUUCAUAUUCUCAUGUUAAAUAAGUGGAUUGUGUGUACUUUCAUUCUCUGAAGUUUAAAUAAGUGGAUUAUGUGGAUGUGUUAGUUUAAUUGUACUAUGAUAUCUAUGGGACGGAUAAUAUGAUAUCGUGUUUGUUUUGUUGGAUGAAUAUGAUAUUCACAUCUGUCUCA